AUGACACUCCAGUCGAGUCUCUGUCUACUUUGGUACCAAACCGAACAUUCCCGCUGUCUAUAUUCCGUGAAAGAAGGAGUUCUGGCACAAGCCGGCUUGCCCGAUCAGUCGUGUGUAUAUCGGCGUGGAAGAUUAGAGUUCAUCGAUAAAAACUACCUGACCACCGUGUUUCAGUGGCACUAUCAAAACGCCAUGAAGGACGCCAUCGCUCAGGAUGCUGGCUUAGGCUGUGGCACUGAGCCUCCCUGCUUAGAUGUCCUGAAUCAUACUGGUCUCAAGUACAAUGAGAAUGCGCCAAAUGGCGUGUCCGACGAAGUCAUGCUCGCUAUCGGUCUGGAGAGCGAGAUCCGCCGUGUUCGGAAAGAACUUUCAGUGCUGGAAACCGAGAUAGCAGCGAAGUGCGGCGAGGAUUCGAAGGCAAAUCAGACGGGAUAG